UUCUGCUGCCGAUUUGGGAUUUGGUUUUUCUUGGUGCUGCUCUAACUUGUGUGUGCUGUACCGUGUCUCUUGUCGUGUGUGAAAACUUGAAAAAAAGAUAAAAGAACAAAAAAAAAGCAAAAGUUUCUCAUCUCUGGUGACGGGGGAGAUAUUUUUGAUCUCGUUUAAUGAAAUUUACAUAAAUUUUCUAUUUAAUAUCAACGAAAAUCCAUUCAACAUGAAUCUAUUUAGCAGUACAAAAUGUAUUUUCUUCCAAGUUAUCAUGAUCUUUUAUGUUUUCUACAAUCCAACCGACAGCGGGGCUGUUGAAUUGAAUAGUCAAAAUAUUGAUAUGACUCUAGCAUCAAAUGAAUUGGUAUUUCUUAACUUCUAUGCUGAGUGGUGUCGAUUCAGUAAUAUUCUUCAACCUGUAUUCAAUGAGGCAGCAGAUAAGGUAAGAGAAGCAUUCCCUGAAGCUGGAAAAGUUGUUCUUGGCAAAGUAGAUUGCGAUCGUGAAACAAGUAUUGCUUCACGUUUCCACAUCACAAAAUAUCCCACACUUAAAGUGGUACGUAAUGGACAAUUGACGAAAAGAGAAUACCGUGGACAGAGAUCAGCUGAAGCUUUCUUAGAAUUUGUUAAAAAACAUUUGGAAGAUCCAAUUAAAGAAUUCCAUUCACUUAAAGAUUUGGAAAAUCUCGAUUCGAAGAAACGAAUUAUUAUUGGUUAUUUCGAUCGUCGUGAUCAACCUGAGUAUAAUACAUUCCGAAGAGUUGCAACUAAUCUUAAAGAAGACUGUCAAUUCCAUGUUGGCUUUGGAGAUUCAUCUAAAGCAAUGCAUCCUCCAGAGCAAAAUGAAGGAGAUGCAAAACCUAUAGGAACUCCUAUUAUCGUUUUUAGACCUGAUGUAGCUCUAUCUCAUGAAAAUGAUGAAACCUACAAAGGUGGUCUUGUUAACUUUGAUGAACUUAAUAUCUGGGUCCAAGAGAAGUGUGUUCCUCUGGUUCGAGAGAUAACAUUUGAAAAUGCCGAAGAACUUACCGAAGAAGGUCUACCAUUCUUGAUAUUAUUCCACAAUCCAGAUGAUACUGAAUCCAUUAAGGACUACAAAGCAAUUAUUGAAAAUGAACUUCUUUCCGAGAAACAGAACGUAAACUUCCUAACGGCUGAUGGCAAACGUUUUGCACACCCACUGCAUCAUUUAGGAAAAUCAGAUGAUGAUUUGCCACUUAUUGCAAUUGAUUCAUUCAGGCAUAUGUAUCUUUUCCCCGACUUCAAGGACAUGUACAAGCCAGGCAAAUUAAAGGAGUUCUUACAAGAUUUGUACAAUGGAAAACUUCAUAGGGAAUUCCAUUAUGGACCGGAUCCAUCAAAUAAUGAAGAUUCAAAUGAUAUUCAAGUCAAAUUCAUCACAUCACCACCUGAGUCGACAUUUAAGAAACUAGGUCCAUCGAAAAACCGCUACACUCUGCUGAAGGAUGAAUUAUAAUUUUCAAAAAAUGUCAACAUAUUUUUAGAUUGCAGUUUAUUCCUUAAAGAUUCUUAUAAUUUUUGUUUUUAGUUGAAUUUGUUUGUUCUUUUCAAUGUAAAAAAAGAAAACAAUUGGUUUGAUCGUGUGAUGAGUCUCUUUCUGGUUCUGAUCUGAGCUGCUGUAGGUUAUGAACAAAACAAAAUAACAAAAAUAAGUUACGAGCUUUCAAAUAUUAUGCCGUAUUUUUAACCUACGUAAUAUUCUUAUAUCGAAGCUGUAUUUAUAUAUUUUUUUUUUUUUAAAUUUUGUUUGUUCAAAUAUUACGGUGCCUAGAAAGAAAUCUACUUUCUUCUUCAAACUGUAACUACGUAAUUCGGCAGUGGUUUUUAGGUUCUUUUUUUUUUCCUUAAAUUAAACAUCGUUAUAAAUACUACAGUUGUAAAUAUAUAUAAUUAUAAUAUAAA